UAGAAAAACCCGGCAUCGGAUUAUACACUGGAGCGUCUCAUCUGUGUGAAGACGGAAGCAAUGCGGAUUAAACCCGAAUCAAACAGAAGCUCGACUCAUCCGUGGCGUGUAAAGUGAACACUGCAGAUUAGACUAGACCGCUUUAAUAGCAGUGUUCUUACGCGCGCGGUGCUUUCUCAAACAAGUACAGUUAUGCAUAACUGUAAAAAUCCAGGCCAGGAUUUUGAAUACCUGAACGCAAGCCGUUCUCUGGGCUCUGAAAAGGGACGUUUUCGAGUUACAGCCGGUCAGAGCGAGCCUUGUGGGAAGGGGGUGUGUUGAAAUUUGGCAAAAGUACGUGCGCAGCGUUCAUUGAAAGUUUUUUCCGGUUUCAAUGCAUUCGUGUCUUUUCGCUGCUCUGUACACUUCUCAGGAAAGACUGCAUUUUUGCUGCCUUUGAGCUUCCUGUUCGUCAUUUGAAUAGCGCUGCUGAAUCUCCAUCAGGAGUUCUUCAAAGCAGUCAAGAAGGUGCUAGGAACGGAAAAUGGUGCCGAAGACCAGGCUUGGGAAACGGUCCCCACUGGGCACCCUGGUGUGUGGUUCCUCAGCUGAGGGCCUGACAGAGACGGGACCCCUUGGAUGCCCGGAUAGUGGGCCUCACAGAAGCAAGCUUUACCCGGGACAGAAGGUGUAUGUGCACUGUGGAGGCCAAGAAUGUGGAGGUGUGGUCGAACAGCAUAACCACGUGGACAAUGAGGUUUCUAUCUUCCUGCCGCAGCUCAACCAGCACGUUCAUCGCAAGCUGGAAGACGUGUGGACGAGCCCCACGCCCAGUCAUACCUCCUCAGUCUCCUCAUCCAUUGAUGUGCCAAGAAGGAAUACAGAGACAGUGGACAUGGAUGAGAUUAUGGCUGCAAUGGUGCUUACAAGUCUGUCGUGCAGUCCAGUCAUCCAGCACUCCGCUCCGGUGAAGGCAACUCAAGCUUCAUGUCGAAUAGAAAAUGGUGGUGGCGAACUGUAUGAUGGUGGAUAUUGGAGCUGCGACCAUGGAAACGGAAGCCCCGCCCCAUCCCCACCCAUCACAGAGAUGGACAAGAGUGCCCCUCUCGUUGAUGAAGGCCUGGACAUGGAACUGGACCAAAUGUUGUUUAAUGAGCCAACGCCAAGGAAACGCAAGAACUCCGUUAAAGUUGCAUAUCGGUGCUUGUGGCCAAACUGUGGAAAAAUACUGACCACAGUAGUGGGCAUCAAACGUCACAUCCGAAAUUCUCAUCUUGGACAAAGUGAUGAGCACUCCCAAAGGGAAGAAGACUUCUACUACACUGAAGUUUAUCAGGACUUGGAACAGACCACUCCCUCUGGUGGCCAUCGGUCCUCCUGCACUUCUCCUUCCAGUCCCAGCCGGCACACGACCCCCUCUCCCACCACCCCGGAGAUGCACCAGCACAGCCCACUCAGCCAGUCCGCCCCGGGCAGCUUCUGGCAGGUCCAUUCUGAGCACUCUUACCAGGCUCCUCCACCUGUACAGGUUGUGACCCCGAUCAAACCGUUGUCUGUUUCUGUGUCUUGUCACUGGACUCCAUCGCUCACAGUUCACCAGAGCAAACAGGGCUCACCAUUCCGCCGUCGUUCAGUGAGUGUUGGUGAACAGUGGCUCCAGAAUAACAACGCCACCUUCAGGCCACAUCCUGCCAGUGUUUCACCUCCAAGAAACCAUUGCACUUCAAGGAGGAUUCGGGGCGAAGCCAAGAAAUGCCGGAAGGUGUACGGCAUUGAACACCGAGACCAGUGGUGCACCGCCUGCCGCUGGAAAAAGGCAUGUCAGAGAUUCCUCGACUGAAUCCUUCUUUAGAAAAAGAACACUUACGUUAUAGAGAGCCACAAGAGGGGAUGUAUCUGGAACUAUGGUUGGAAGAAACCAAAAGAGCACCUUUUGUGACUUAAGACUUUUUCAGCUUUCAUCACAAUUGCGUGUUUUUGAAAUGUGCUGACGAACAAUGUGGGUGCUGCAGUCUUCCUGCAACUUAUAUCAAGAACUGAUGAAGUCUGACCUUCCUUUUACAAACAGUAUGCAGCCAUAUACAACAGCAGCAGUCAUAUACUUUUUGUUUAAUGUGGUUUAUACAAUGUCGUUAUCAGACACAUAUGGAAAUUUUACUUGUCAUUCCAAAUUAAUAGCUAAAAUGAGACAGGAGAGAGGUCUUUACCACGGGCUAUUGCUUUCAGGGGCAAAAUUGGCAGCUUAUGCUUAAUUGUAGAUACACAAGAAAGCAGAGUAAAUGUAUUAAUAGCAUAUAACGUUUAUGUUCAUGUAUGCCAUGUUUACCUGCAGCACAAAAUUUUCUAAAACAAACUUUUGAAAAAGAAAUAGGAAGAAAAAAGGUUUUUUUAUUACGAUUUUGAUAUCUGUGACGUGUUAAAUCCUGUUGUGUCAUUAUCGUGUAUUUCUGUGUCACAGGGUAUACUUCUGUGGAAUGAUAUGAUUCACUUUUCUGUCACAUCGAUACUAAUUGAAGUAUCUGUGCAAACAUGCAUGAUCUUAUGCAAUUAUUCAUUUACUUUUGUGCUUCUCGCCCCAGCCUGCUCACUUGCUGUUUGUCUGUUUGCCAAAGAGAAUCUUAGCAAGAUAAUACAUCAUAUACAUCUCUGCAUAAUAAAUGUGAAAUGAAUCUGAUGACCAUUUAUGUGAAACCAAUUGUUUGGUUGGUUUAUACUCUUAAUACUGGGUCCAAAUAUUUUGUUACUUGGUAGAACACUUCUGUACGUCAUCUUUUUGGUUUUUAUCUGUAGCUCAACAUAUUUUGCAAUGCUUGAUGCUUUGACAUCAUAAAACUGAAUGUACCUGAAUAUCUCCGUAAGUCUUUAUGAACUUCCGACAGUCAGUGUCAUAGCUGUUUAAGGAUAUCCUAGUCUGUAAAGUCUGAGAGACAUUCAACGAACCACAUAGAGAACAAUCUAUUUGUAUAUUUUUUGUAAAGUACUUCCCAAGUAUUUGAAUUUAUGAAAAGUCAUAAACUGUCUGAGAUCUAUUCGAGAUAAAAGUAUAAUUUCUUUUCAUGAAACUUAUGUUGCUCCCUGCCUUUUAUAAAUAAACAUUUGUGUAAAACAA